AGCAACGCGUUCGGAGUGAAAAUUUUUCUUCUCUCGGAAAAACAGUACCGGCAAAUUCUUAAAGUCGAGUUUGAGUAUCGGUUGAAUAUUUCGUCGAAAUUUAUCCUAUGGUGUUUCAAUGAGUUCAACGGUUUAAGCACAAGUGGUUAAUGGAUUAAAAGAGGAGUCAACUUCCAAGUUAGAUUUUUCUUAACAUUAUCCUUCAAAGCUUUCGCCGAGUGAUCAAAGGUUUCCCAACGGAUUUCUAUUUUUAAAACACGCUAGAAGAUGCACCACAUUGGGUGGGAGAGAAAAAUGAGAAAGUGAUUAGCACGGUUCGUUCGGUUUUGUGUUGUGUUAAGCAUAUUUCAUUAACACCCCAUGGCGAAUGGGAAAAAGUUCACUGAAGCAUAGCUACAUAGUUGUUAUUCCUAUCGGUUUGCUGUCGAUUUUGUCGACGAGCUGGGUGAUCCAUCGACGACUUGAGGAGGCCCAGCAAGGGUUGAAGUUCAUCGACAACAGCUAGAAAGAAAAAAAAAUGGGAAGAAAUAAGAACAACAAAAUUUGCGAAAAAAGGAUCAGAUCCGGUUCGAGAUGAAAGUGUUCGUUAAAUCCUUGCCCGGUAUCCCUACUCGUUAGCUGAAGUGUGGUGUAUCGCCGUUGCCUUUCUUGGAAGAAAAAGUCCCAACCAAGGAUGAUGGUUCCAAUUUAAAUCGAGUGCCAAGUAGCUGUGUGGCUUCUCCAUUCCAAGGAUUCGCGCUAAAAAGUUAAGCACAAGGAAUCAAAGAAAAGAUUGCUACCCACAGAUAUCUUGUCAGCUGCAAAACUGGGUAUCGGGGGAAAAGAAUCACAAAAAGAUCCUUAUCGAGUGCGGUCAUCUUUUCUGCUGUCGGAAGCAGCUGUUUGCGCAAAUUGCUGAGAAUCCUUCAGGAGGUCAGUGUGUCUAGCUCGGGACAGAGCACUUCAUCCGCUCCAAUUGUGGUUGGGCGAAUCAAUCAUCUCCUUUGAAAUUGACAAGGAUUCGCUGAAGCAGGAGGGAUGUACUUGAUGCCAAACGAGUGCUAAAGAGUGCAACGUCUGUGUUCCAAUGGAAAAUCUCGGAUGAUAACGAUACUGGGAGAGGGUUGAUUUUUGGGUUCAGUGUGGUCUACUGUGAACGGAUGAAUAAACGGAACGGAGCUAAACCUGAACGAGAAUUGUAAAACAACCGCAAAGCUCAAUGCAGUAUCAAUUCAGUGUGGUUAACCUGUGGUGACAUGACAAGCAAUUGGAAUUUUAUUAAACCCACAGUCCAACUUUGAUUGCCAGGAACCCGAUAAUCACCGGAAAAUUUCAGAACAAAUGCACGGGACAAUCAAUCGAGCAACAACAGAUGAUCAAAGUGAUAACUUUUUGCCAAAUAAUUUGCCUAAUGUAAUCGAAACAGGAUUUGUUUCAAUUGGCAAAUUGAUACGUUUAUUAAAUUGGUUUCCGAUAACGGAUGGUUGAUAAACGCUAAUAGAUGGAACCAUAUUGGUUGUGAUGAUGGUGUACUGAACUGUAGCAGAACGGAAAGAUUUAUCCGCGUUUUCAAUCAACUGAUGAUAACCGUGGAGCAGAAGUAUAGUAGAUUUGUGUAACAAUUGAGAAUCUAAUUAAACCGGUUUCAUUAGCGCUGGCAACAAUCACUGUGAUAGGCGUCGUCGCUUAAUUGGAUUUACGGCAGUUUGGAUGAUGAUGAUGAUAGGCUUCCGCGACGCCCCGGAUAUCCUGUCGGCUCUUUUGUAGAGACGCCGAGCGACAGGCACGGAUCAUAAAUUAUUACCACACUGCCGAAACGAAUAUCGAAAGCAUUAUGCAAAUGUAUAAAUCAUCGAAUUAACAUCCGAACCGCGUCAGCCACAACAAAUCCAGACGUCUAGCGGUGUGGCGAAACGCUUUUCGGCAAGCAAUUGCCACCUUUCCCAGUCAAAUCAAGGGGUGGAAGUUUAGGAACUGCCUCCUCGACUCUACGGGGGAUCGUCAGGUGGAGCAACAUAAAUCCUGUUUUUGAACCACGUGCCAAACACCGGUUUACACCUGGGGGGAGGUCGAAUCGUAAUUCAAAUUUCUGGUAGCUCCAAAACCAGAAGCAGCAACAGCCAGUCAGCAGUGGAACAUUCCACUGGAAAAACUGUUGGGUGUGAACCAAAACGAGCCCACCCAUUCAUACGAGUAAGACACACAAAACCCGACAAAAACAAACACAACAUCAAAAACUCCCUCCCCUAAAAAUGGAUGGCCGCAAACGAAGGCGACAGUUUGGCGAUGGCGGGCCCUGCCAUUGCCUCCGGCCGCUGAUCAGGAUUUGGGGAAUCGUUACAGCAAUUGUCAUCAGCGGAGUCGGAAUCGACAUCAUGGUGCACGGAUAUGCUGCCGGUGUAUACAUAAUAAUUGCCUCGGCCGUCAUAUUUUUACUCGAAAUCAAGUGGCUGAUAACACUUUUGAUCCAUUUGUUGUGCACCAGUCACUACAGCAGCGAUUCGCCAGUCCCCGGUUCAUCCUGUUGCCCAUCCGCCAGCUGUCGAUGGUGUUGGAAGCUGUGCCGAUUUUGCGGCAGCUGGCGACUUGCUUUUCCGUACGUGGCCUUAGGGGUGGCACUCAUCAUUUGGCCCCAUCGAUUGUGGCUGAGCCACGUGGCCGGUGGACAGCUGAUAGCGUUAGCCGCGUUCCGACUGGCCCUGGUGUGCCAGUUCCGGUAUCGAGGCCGGGACGAGGAGCUGCUGAGUCAGCUUGACGAACACAUGGAUAAGUACGACAACCUUUCUGACGUUCUAGUAGACGAUUCAAUGCCACGGCCCGGCCAAAGUCUAGAAGACGAAGAUCCGGCGACGGGUGAAAAUGAUCCUGACGAUGAUGAUGACGACGACGACGAAGUAGAUGAUGUUGAAUACGUCGCAAACGGCAUUCGAGGGAAAACUUGACAGGACCAGAAGCUUUCCAGACAGCAGUCCCCAAGAUCCCCUCCAGAAGCCGCCAAUGAGCGGAAGUUGCCCCAUCAGAAGAUAACAGCCAAUGGAAAGCUUCCAGCACCCAGCACAAAAUCAUCCUCAACAACCGCAACAACACCACAAGUAACGACAAUAACGACCAAAGAAAAACCAAAAUGUGUGCCAAUUCGAAAUGGCAAAGCGAAAACGAUUAGGAGAAACAACAUGAACCAAAGCUAUGAGAUGCUGGAAAAUGAUUGCGAGUGUGAUAUCAUCAAAUAGAAAUAGCUCACAGGGGGGUGAAUUGAUACCCCCGAAAAUUAAAGUAGAUUAAAAUUUGAAGAGAAAACCUGAGAUCGGAAGAAGGGAUAUUAAAAUAUAUGCAUAAUUUGUUAAUAUGUAAAUAGAAAUGAAAAUGUAAAUAAAGAGCACGUUAAUAGAGAAACCUUUUGAGUUCGAAUGAAAAGGUAAUUUACAUUUUGUUUGUUAUCCACGUUUUGAUCGGAACAAUAAUAAA